GUGUUCAUGUUCUAAUGAGCUGCACAGCUGGCUGAUGAUGGAGAGUUUGACUUUAAUCCAUCAAAACGAUAAUUUGUCUUCACUUCACGUUUGAAGGUUCAUUUUUCAACAGGGCUUAAAUGUUUACAUUGAUUUCAGCUGGAUUUAAGUAUUUAUAUCGUGAUAUGGGCCCGUGUCCCGUAUAUAGACACUAGACAAACACUUUAAUCAUAUCAGGCCAUCACUGAUAGAUGCUGUUUAUUUGGAUAUACUCAACUGUGAUGUAUUAAUUUAGCACAUAUACCGUUUGUUUUCGUAUACUAAUACGUUUUUGUUGCUAUACGGUUCAUUUAAGCUGUGAUCAGAACCAGAAUUGGGCUACGAGUCCAUGUUUGACAGUCACAGCUGAUCUAGACCUCUGGCACCAGAACAACCAACCCACUUACUUAUAGACUCACAUUAGUAGUUAAGGGAUCUUUGAUACAUCAUGAAGAAGUUCUUUGACUCCCGGCGGGAGCUGGUGGGCUCUGGACCCGGUUCUGGAGGUGGAGCUGGAGGUUCUGGAUCCAGCAGCGGUGUUGGUGGGAAUUUUAUCGGACGGGCUUUCACUGUUGGAAGACACCACGUCACUGUAGAAGAAACUCUGGCAGAAGGUGGCUUCGCAAUCGUCUUCCUGGUGCGGACCAAUCAAGGGGUGCGCUGUGCCCUAAAGAGGAUGUACGUUAACAACGAAUAUGACCUGCAGGUCUGCAAGCGUGAGAUCCAGAUCAUGCGGGAUCUCAAUUGUCAUAAGAACAUCGUUGGGUUCCUGGACUCCAGCAUCACAGCUGUAGGAGGUGGAGAUGUGUGGGAGGUGUUUAUCCUCAUGGACUUUUGCAGAGGUGGUCAAGUGGUGAACCUAAUGAACCAGCGUUUGCAGACGGGCUUCAGUGAACAGGAAGCGCUCCAGAUCUUCUGUGACAAUUGUGAAGCUGUGGCACGUCUGCACCAGUACAAAACUCCCAUAAUCCACCGAGACCUCAAGGUGGAAAACAUCCUCCUUCAUGACCGAGGACACUAUGUUCUGUGUGAUUUUGGCAGUGCCACCAUGAAGUUCCAGAACCCCCAGAGUGAAGGAGUGACUGUGGUGGAGGACGAAAUUAAAAAGUACACAACACUGUCCUAUCGCGCUCCUGAAAUGGUGAAUCUGUACAACGGCAAAAUCAUCACCACUAAAGCAGAUAUCUGGGCAAUGGGCUGUCUGCUUUAUAAACUCUGUUUUUUCACAUUGCCCUUCGGCGAGAGUCAGGUGGCCAUCUGUGAUGGCAACUUCACUAUUCCAGACAAUUCUCGUUACUCACAGGACAUGCACCGUCUCAUCCGGUACAUGCUGGAACCGGACCCUGAUAAGAGGCCUGACAUUUAUCAGGUGUCCUACUUUGCUUUCAAACUGGCCAGACGGGACUGCCCUGUCCAAAACGUCAAGAAUUCUCCCAUUCCUGCUAAGCUUCCUGAGCCAAUCCGAGUGAGCGAAGCAGCCACAAAGAAGAGCCAAACACAGACCAAGGCGAGACUUACAGACCCCAUUCCCACCACUGAAACCUCCAUAACCCCACGCCAGCGGCCCAAAGCCGCACAGUCCCAGGCACUAGGAGGCAUCUUGCCCAUCCAGCCUGCUGCCCUGACCCCACGCAAGAGAGCCAACCUGCCCGCUGGGGCCGCCCAGCCGAUAGCUGUCAGCAUGAACUUGGCUCAGCCGGCUGCAGCAUUGCAGUCUCAGAAAGCCCAGGCAUCUCCGGCCCCUCAGCAGCAAACGCCCGUGCAGCCCAUCCCCGUCACAGCUGCGACUGCAGUCGCAGGAGGGGGUGUUCCAGUUGCAGCUGGCAGCCCCGCCCCUCAGAAAGCAGUAGCCACUCCUCCUCCAUCCAGCCCCGCCCCACCCACCGCGCCUGCACGGAGCACCCGUCGUAAGCAGGCAUCUGUGGCUCUGCAGCAGCCGGUGCCCGUCCAGCCCACUGUCACUCAGCCGCCUGGUGCCCCGCCUCCAGUACAGGCUGAGCCUGCAGCAGUGCCACCCACUGUCCAGCAGCCAGCGCUUCAAUCCCAAAUCAGCCCAGAGAAGGCAGAGGAGAGGACUGUGGCCCCUGGCCUUUCCCAAACUCCUCCCUCGUCCCCAAGGACGGCCCAGAAGGCGGGGCACAGACGCAUUCAGAGUGAUGUCACUCACAGCGCUAUGUUCGGUGUUCCGGUCAGCCAGUCCACUCAGCAGCUGCAGGCGGCCACAGCAGAGGCCAGCCUUAACAAGUCAAAGUCAGCCAGCGCCACCCCAUCCAACUCUCCCCAGUCCUCCCAGCAGAGUGUGUACCAGCCUGCACAGCAGGGCAGCACUUCUGUUCUUCAAGCUCCUGCCUCAGCCGCUAGCCUGAAAAGCCCCCCUGACCAGCCCACCUGGAAUCCCUUUGGUGAUGACAAUUUCUCCAAACUUACAGCUGAGGACCUGCUCAACAAAGACUUCACCAAGUUAGCUGACGAACCUGUUGAACCUCUGAUUGCCGCUACUGAGAGUCUUAUUCCUGGGCUGGAAGCUGCAGAACCUGCUCCUCCAUCCUCUGCUGAAAGACCUGUUGACAUUCUGGGCUUAGAACUGGGAGCUGGUUUGCUAGCUGUACCAGAGAAGCUGAUAGAGGGCCUGAAGUCUCCGGAUACUUCUCUCAUGCUGCCUGAUCUGCUGUCCAUGGCUGACCCUUUCGGCUGCUCCAUUGAUGACACUAGAGAUGCCAAAACGGAAGUGUGUUUGGACUCUCUGAUUCCUGGCUUGGAGCCCCCUCAGGCUCAGCUGCACCCUGUGGAGGCUGAACCAGCAUCAUCCGCACUGAAAGACCCUUUAAUUGGAGAGGACUCCUUGCUGGGCUGUUCUCUCCCCUCUGGCUCUGCCUCAUGUCUGGAUGACUUUGCGCCUGUCUCAGGCGGCUCCUCCCAGAAUAUACCAGCUGCAGACUGUUUGAUCUCAGGCUUUGAGCCUCCGAGUGCUGAGAUGGCCAAUGAAGAUGAAUUUGACCCCAUACCAGUACUGAUCUCCAAAAACUCUCAAGAUGAUCUGCCUAACAUCAACGGCUUCGAUUCUUCAUCAGGAGCCAGUAACAUCCAGAGCUCAGAGGUUCCUGCAGAAGAAGACGAGGUUCUGCGCGUGUGCAGUGGCUCAGAGCUUCUGCUGCUGGACUCCAAACUCCUCAACACUACGUCUUUCAAACUCUCGCCAUCGUCCUCACCAGACGUCUUCUCAAAUGCUCCAUUCCCUGGGUGUGGACUAGACGGUAGGGACAUCUUCACCGGCGCGCCAUUUCCCCAACUUCAGCGAGCCCAUCCACAGCCUGAUGUCUUCCUCCAGGCCCCAUUCUGCAGGAGGAACGAUCUGUCUGGGCCGCAACAUGUAAUGAGGUGCUCGAAUGGCAAGGAGCCCAUCCUGCCCCAUCCUCCCGUGCACAGUCAAAUCCGGUUUCCGCGUUGCGUCGAGGCUCCAAUGCCCCAGCAGCCCAUUGCCGCCCACCGCGUGGUCUCCAGCGUGGGCCAGCAGGCGGCCGUGAGCUCCGUCCCCGUCGGCCCACUUCAUUCCUGGACGGUAGGUGUUCGAGCAGUGAUGGACCCAUUCCUGGCGGCCCCGUUCCAACCUCGGGGCCCAUUGGGAAAGCCUUAACAUUUGAGAAAGUCACUAGCACCCCGUCCUGUCGCCCCAGUGCUUGGUAGUAUCUGUGGAGGUAGCAAAUCUGGUGUAGUCUAUCAUGAGAUGACUACCUCAGUCCUCGUGACGCCAUCUGGCAUCACUGCAGCACUUUAGCUCAGCUUCACUAUGAUGUUGUUCUUCUGUGCAUCGCUCCACAAGACAUUUAGAGAGGGAUUUCAUCUUUUGAUUAUGAUAUGUAUUCAUGUAUUCAUCCAUUUCUUUUCUUAACAGUUUGAGCUUUUUUUAUAUCAUACAUAGUAAAAAUAUUCUUACUUUUACAUUGAGUCCAGUAUUAAAAUGAUGGUCCUUUGUUACUCUCAGUUUACUAGUGUUUUUGUCUAAGGGAGUGGCUAAGAGGAACAAUUCAACGGUUUUUAGGCUUUUCGAAGUAUUUUUGAGUCUAAAAGUUGGAAGAAUAUCCAGAAACUGAUGACAGAAUUGCGUUGAGGCUGGAGAAUCGCGUUUCUUUGCUGUUCUUGUCCCUUUCUUGAAUCCAAGGUACUGUAGGCGCUCUUAAGCUGGACUGGAAUAGGUUGUAAGUAACUGACAGUCAGAUCCACACCGUCUAAUGAGGUGAAAACAUUGAAGCACUUUUACAAUCUGUAAUCGUGGAUAUCGUAGUUUUGCUAUAUAACAAUCUGCUGUAUAUUCACUGUA